CGCCCACACCCAUUAUGGCCGCCCAGGGCUUACUUCCUGCUUUAGGCAUGGAUGCUGGAUAGAGGCGUCACAGGGCUGCAGCUUGAUGAAAGGGAACCUGGAGAAGCCCUGGAGAGACACAUCAGAGCUCCACUGAUAUAGGGACAGAGCAUGGAGAAUGAUGAAUUUCCGCCAGAGGAUGGGCUGGAUCGGUGUUGGCCUCUACCUGUUUGUGAGCGCUGCUGUGUUUUACUAUGUCUUCGAAAUGAAUGACACUUACAAUAGACUUGCCUUGGAGCAUGUUCAGGUCCAGCCAGAAGAGACUGUAAACAGGAUGUCUUGGACUCAGUCCCUGAAAGCACGCCUGCUUUCUUUACCUUUCUGGCUGUGGGCCACCCUUUUCCUAAUCCCCUACCUUCAGGUCUUCCUGUUUCUAUACUCCUGCACAAGGGCUGACCCAAAGACCGUUGGAUAUUGCAUCAUUCCCAUAUGUGUGACUGUGAUCUGCAACCGACACCAGUCCCUGGUCAAAGCCUCAAAUCAGAUCAGCAGAUUGCAAUUGAUAGAUACCUAACAGCACAUAACUGCUUGUUGUACACCAACACAUUUUUUUUUCCCCCUUAGCUCUUUUGCUGCUGGAGUCUAAUGCAACGCAUAGCUGUCUGUCAUCACCAUAUUUUGUCAGUGAAGACCGCAGCGUGUCCGAUCCCAUCUCUCCUGUUAUCCCAGGAAUUCUGAUCUCCCUACGGCGCUUUGGGAACUCUACGGUUAAACUCCGUUUGCUAUGUAUAUCUGCAAGCCUUAACUGAUUAAUUACAUAUUAACUAAAACUUUUCAAAACCAGAAUAAUUGAGAGGGGCUCGGUAAUAACUGAUUUGGUUUCUUAUAUAAUAAAUUCAAUCUGCCACUGGCUUUUUUUGAAGGGCUAGUUCAAUAUUAAUCACUCCUAAGCAGUUUGCAGAAAGAAAAUCCCAAAAUUUUGGAUUAAAGCAACCUUUUUUUCAUAUUUACAAUUCUCUACCCCCCCUGGUGUAAGAGCCCCUGGACAUUAAAGGGUUACAUAUGGAUUAAGCAAGACUUAAUUUAGACAAUCUGUUUUAUAUCUCCGUAACACCCUGCAGCUGUCAUCUUCAUUGUAUUUUGGCAAUAUUUUAAUAUCUAAAAAAUUGUUCUCAAAGUGACUAACUUAAUCCUCUUGCUUACUGGAGAAAUUGCCACAAAAGAAUAUUUCAUCCCAGCAGUUAGUGGGUUAUGGACGGUUGAAAAUCUACCAAAAAUAAUCAGUUUUUGUCCUACUUGUGGCCACUGUAACAAGCGUUUUAGUAUAAUUUAUGUAGUGGUUGACAGGGGGGCGAGAUUGUAUAUCUUACUGCACUGAAUAUGGUAAAAUAAUUGUGUCUCUAGAAAAAAAAAAACUAAUUAUGGGAAAACAUGUUUUUGCACUUUUAAACGUAUUGUAAUGUUACAGUAAAUAAGUGCCAGAUUUUCAAACGUUUUAUUCAAAUUGAAUCAUGCGUCUGGUCUUUGUAUGUGUCCCAUGUUCUGACUCACUAGUCACAUCCUGUUUAGUUCUAGGUCUCACAGACUACUGCCAGUAAAUGGAAUAUGGUGUUUGAAUGAUGGACUUUGUGUGUUGGUUUUCCACAAUUCUUGGGUACCUAUAGAAUUAAUCACUGUAACUAACCACAGCAGCUUGGCAAGUAAUAAAAGUAACCAGUGGGAACAA